UGGGGGUUGCUGUCUGGAUGAUACUCAUCGUUGAGAAUUGGAGUUUGACACCCGUGAUCUCAGAAAUUGUGUUUAUUUGGAGAGGCAGUUGACGUUUGUGCACACAAAGUUAAGUGAAGGUAUUUGGAUGCUGAUCUGGUGUCAAGAAGGUGUGGCAAAAAAGCUAAAUUCCCUCCAAAAAUAUCAAGAAGAGGCUAAAAUAUUGCAGGAUGCAUCUGGGUUGGAUUUAAGGAAAGUUAUUUUCAACGCUCAUCCGACACUCAACCAGUGGGAAUAUUUAUGUGUGGGGUAGCCUCUUUUCUGAGAAAAAUUUAGCUUAAAAUGCUGUUUUGAAAGGAAUAUGAGAUCAAAACAUCCUCAAAGAGUCUCAUCAAUUCUGGGUAAAUUUGGUGAUAAUCAAUGCCUUUUAACCCAUAGACAGGGAAUAUUAUAGACAUUAAUAUCACUAAUUUUGAAUAAAUCCAACAUAUUUCUCUAUAAAACCCAUAUAGGUUUAUUGUUGAACUACAGCAUGUGGUAUGAAUGUGACAGAUCUAACAACUCUGAAGCAGGAAAGGGUACAGAAACCUUAAUUUUCUGUCAGUUUCUCAGAAGUAUUUUGUAUUUUCCUCCACAUGUGCUUUCAGGGUCGGUGAAUAAUGCAGGAGGCUUAUGGGAAGUCUUAGCAGCUAAGAACUGAUCUGGGUUCAGGACAGCCCACCAGAUGUUCACUUUGCACUUUUAACAGACCAACGGGGAUCUUACCCGAGAUCGCCGAUGAGGAUGGGACGGUAACCGGAGAUCGCUUCGGAGUCGUGGAGCGAAACAAGGCAGAUCAGGUGUCAGAGGAAGAAGAGAGCUGAGGAAGAGGCAGUGUUCGCUCAGCGCGAAGGGUUAAAAUGUAGAUGUAAUUUUAAACCAACUUAUUUAAUCUGCUGCUCUAAGAUAAGAUGGAAGAUUUUGUUCAGAGUGCAGUUGAUCGUGGUUCUCUGUGUUGUUUUCAGCUGAUUGGUUAAAAACCUAAAAACAGACAACAGGAGGAAACACUGGAACUGAGGGGAAAGAGUUAAUCAACAUCUUUAAAAAAGGUUUUACAAGGAGGGGCAAGCAAGUAGGUGAAAGAAAACAAAGCCACCAAAACUGCAAGCUGUUUUCUUCUCUGGACUGGUCUACUGUGGACUCUCUGCCCUUUCAGCCUGCCUGAGAUUGGAUCUACGCCCGUCCUAGGUCCAGGCGGACCAAAGGUCCACUGUGAGCCUUCUUCCAGUGACUCCACCUGGCAGUGGUAAUCAGCUGUCCAGCUUCUCCUCUAUCCACCGUCUUUUCUGUACCAGCGUGAAGCUGCGGAGCUCAGAAAGACCCGACUCCUGCAGCGAGGCCUUAAAACGAGGUUGAAGAAAACAGGAGCCACCAUGGAAAACCGCUACACACAGAUUUCCAAAGAAGAUCUGGAAGACCUUAAAGAGGCCUUUGAUAAAAUUGAUAUUGACCAUAGCGGCUAUGUGAGCGACUUUGAGCUCCAGGAGCUGUUCAAAGAAGCCAGCCUCCACCUGCCCGGCUACAAAGUGCGAGAAAUCGUCGAGACCUUCAUCGCCGGAGACACGAACAAAGACGAGAAAAUCAGCUUCAACGAAUUUGUUUCUAUUUACCAAGAGCUGAAGAGUAAGGAGUUCAGCGAGACGUUCAGAAAGCUCCUAACCAGGAAAGUCGGGAUCAACUCCUUUGGAGGCACGUCGGGGGUUUCCUGUGAGGGAACGCAGCACUCCUAUUCAGAGGAGGAGAAAGUAGCUUUUGGUCGAUGGAUCAACAAAGCUUUGGGCAAAGAUCCCGACUGCAACCACCUGCUGCCCAUAAAUCCAAACGACGAGAGCCUUUUCGCCUCCCUCCGUGACGGCAUCGUGUUGUGUAAGCUCAUCAACCUGUCCCAGCCUGACACAAUCGAUGAGAGAGUCAUCAACACGAAGAAACUCACCACCUUCACAAGGAGAGAAAACAUUGUUUUGGCCCUGAACUCGGCCUCAGCCAUCGGCUGCACAGUGGUGAGCAUCGACGCCCAUGACCUGAUGGCUGGGAAACCCCACCUGGUCCUGGGACUGCUCUGGCAGAUUAUCAAGGUCGGCCUCUUCGCUGAUAUAGAAAUCACCAGGAACGAAGGCUUGAUUGCCCUCCUGAUGGAAGGAGAAGAGCUGGACCACCUCGUAUCUCUGUCUCCUGAGGAGCUGCUUCUACGAUGGGUCAACUAUCACCUAAUCAACGCAGGAACAAAAACAAUCAACAACUUCAGUGCUGAUAUCAAGGACUCUAGGGCUUACUUCCACCUGCUGGACCAGAUUUCCCCUCAAGACGAAGACGAAUUCCACAUGGGGAUCAAAAUCAACAUGGCCGGCCUUAGUGAGCGGGAUUUGGAGCGAAGGGCCGAGCUGAUGCUGCAGGAGGCGGCCAAGUUGGACUGCCGGCAGUUUGUGUCUCCUCGCGACGUCACGUCUGGAAACAACAAACUCAACAUGGCCUUUGUGGCCAACUUGUUUAACAUGCAUCCGGGUCUGCACAAGGCUAAGUUUAACCUGGAUGGGGAGCACAUAGAGGCGGAAACCAGGGAGGAGAAAACGUUUCGCAACUGGAUGAACUCUCUGGGUGUUUCUCCACAUGUAAACCAUCUCUAUCGGGAUCUUUGUGAUGGCUUGGUGAUCCUGCAACUUCUAGAAAAAGUCAAAGUGGUAGUGAACUGGAAGAAAGUCAACAAUCCUCCUUAUCCUCAACUAGGGGGAAACAUGAAGAAGCUGGAGAACUGCAACUACGCUGUAAAGUUGAGCAAGGAUGAAGCUAAGUUCUCUCUGGUCGGAGUCGGAGGAGAAAACCUAAACGAGGGGAGUCUCACACACAUCCUGGCUGUGGUCUGGCAGCUGAUGAGAAGGUACUCUGUUAUGGUUCUUUCUGAUUUGGGCGGCGGAGAGAAAGUUGCGGAUCAGUUUAUCCUGAACUGGGUCAACUCCACCCUGAAGGAGAAGCGAAAGGACACACGGAUCAGCAGCUUUAAGGACCAGCUGAUCAGCACCAGUUUGCCAGUGAUCGACCUGAUUGACGCCAUCGCCCCUUCAAUGGUCAAGUGGGACAUGGUAAAGAGAGGAGAAAAGGGAGUCCUGAAGAAGGAUGAGAAAAUCAACAAUGCCAAGUAUGCAAUCUCAUUGGCCCGUAAGAUCGGCGCCCGCGUCUACGCCCUGCCUGAUGACUUGGUGGAGGUAAAACCUAAAAUGGUGAUGACUGUGUUUGCCUGUCUCAUGGGGCACGACAUGAAGAGAGGCAAAAACUAAAUAGAAAACCAGGGUUUAAAAACGUACAAACAUCCAAUUGCAUUUUUUCUGCAUUUUUAUCAUUGACAUUUUUUUUUUUCUUUGAGCUUUACCUUUGCUGCAAUCACCAGCCAGUACAAAUCUAUUGGUUAUUCUUUAUUUUGCUUUCUAAUAGUCCUAAACAAUAUUUUGAUUAUUCUCUUGUUUGUAAAGCUGUUGUGUUUGUGUAUGAUUUAAAACUUUUUAGCACUUUUUUGCUUAAUACUUAUUAAACCAUUCCUAUCAUAAAGUAUUCACUACCUCUGCAAUUUAAGAUGAACCAGAGGGGUAAACAAAAUAACACGGAAACGCCUUCUUGUAAAGCCUGUGAAUGUCAUGCGUUGAAUAUUGCUGUUGAAUUACUGAAGAUGACAUCUAUUAAAUAUAAAAGUUGAGAAUUUG